AUGAGGAAUUGUAAUCAAUUACUCCCAACAAGGAGUUUUAACCCUACCAGAAUGAUUCAUCAAAUGGCACCAUGGGUGCCUACAUUUAUUCAAUCUACCAAAAACAAUCCCAAACCAUUUUUACCGUUCCAGCUGGCGACUGUAGAUGUCCAUACCAAUAAACCUCGUUGUAGGACAUUAGUCUUUCGAGACUUUUUAUUCAUGGAUAAAAGGUCAAAUGUUCUUACUUUUCAUAUAGAUUUGAGAAGUAACAAAGUUGCUGAAUCCUUUAGUUUAGACAGUCCUACACCAGUCGAGGCGUGUUUUUACUUUGCUGAGACAAGAGAACAAUACAGAUUUAGUGGGCAUUGCUUCUUAAUAACGAAAAGAAACCAUAGUGAAAUUCCACAAGAUGUCACUCAUAGAUAUGGAAUCAUUUCACCAUCAGUUUGCGGUCAUCAUAAAGACGAAUUGUACAAAUUUGCAACUGAAGAUGAAAGACAACAUUCUACUGAUAACAGCAACAGACAGGAAAGAGUCCUUUCCCAGGGUGAUUUUAAGCCACCGCUAGAGCAGGAGUGGGGAAUGGAACUCAAAAGACAGUGGUCCCGUUUAUCAAGAUCUUCCAAAUCUCAAUAUCGUAAGCCAAACCCUGGUACCGAAUUGACUACUCAGAGUAGUAAUCUGUUGGAUAAAAUCAAUAGAGGUGUGGAUGGAUCAAAGGAGGAAACUGGUCUAGAAAAUUUUGCCAUUGCUUGUAUAUGUGUUGACGAAGUGGAUUAUCUGAACCUAACAAGUGGUUCCGGUGAUGAAAGAGUAAUCUUUUCAAGAAGUGUUGAGGGUGGUACUGAGAACUGGGAUGAGAAACACGUAUGUCCAUGA